AUGGCCGCCACCGCCCAUCUCAUCGCCAUCUUUCUCCUAGCAACCAUCCAUCAUUCCGCCGCCGACGACCGCUCUUCUCUCCUCUCUUUCCUCGCCGGCCUCGCUCCCCACAGCCGCCUCUCCCUCACAAACUGGAAUGUUUCUCCCAAUAUCUGCAACUGGACAGGCAUUUCUUGCCACCACCCACCGCCACUGCAACGCGUUGCACUGCUCGAUCUCAGCGGCCGAAGCCUCCGCGGCAGAGUCUCCCCUGUUCUCUCCAACCUCUCCUCCCUCGAAGUCCUCGACCUCUCCGAUAACUUCCUCACCGGCCCCAUUCCCCCUGAGCUCGGCUCCCUCUCCGGCCUCAAGCAACUUAGCCUGUCCUCUAAUCUCCUCUCCGGCACCAUUCCAUUCCAGCUUGGUUUUUUAAACCUUCUUGUUUAUCUUGACCUCGGCGGCAACCAGCUAACAGGGCAAAUCCCAUCAACUCUGUUCUGCAACUACUCGAAUGAAAUGCACAAACUCUCCUUACAAUACAUAGAUCUUUCAAACAACUCGCUCACCGGCGAGAUUCCGUUUCCAAGUAACGAUCUUUGCAGGCUCGACGACCUCCGCUACCUCCUCUUAUGGUCUAACGAUCUUUCCGGUUCGAUUCCUCCGACGCUCUCCAACUCUUCUCAACUGGAAUGGAUCGACCUCGAGUCGAAUAAUCUCAGCGGCGGCCUGCCGCCGCAUAUCUUUAACAAUAUGCCUUAUUUGCAGUUCCUUUACCUUUCAUACAACAACCUUUCAACUGAUGAUCUCAAUCCUUUCCUCACUUCAUUGAGCAACUGCUCUCGAUUACAAGAGCUGGAACUCGCCGGAAACGGUCUCAGCGGCGAGCUUCCGGCCUCCAUCGGCGACCUCUCCGUCAACCUGUUACAGCUCCACCUCGAGGAGAAUCAAAUCACAGGAAUAAUCCAUCCCAACAUAUCCAAUCUCGUCAACCUCACAUACUUAAACCUAUCCAACAACGCAUUCAACGGCUCAAUACCCCCUGAAAUUGGCCGCCUCCGUCGGCUGGAAAGAUUCUACCUUUCAAACAAUAGGCUAACCGGUAAAAUCCCGUCGUCUUUCGGCCAAAUUCGUCAGCUUGGCCUGUUAGAUAUAUCAGGCAACGAACUCUCUGGCUCAAUACCAGAUUCCUUCGCAGAUCUCCCACAGUUCCGGCGACUUCUUCUCAACGGUAACCGGCUCUCGGGCCAAAUCCCACCUAGUAUCGGCAAUUGCAUCAAUCUAGAGAUACUCGAUCUGUCUUACAACCAACUAACCGGAAAUAUUCCUUCUGAAAUCGCUGGAUUACAGAGCUUGAAGCUAUAUCUAAACUUAUCGAACAACAAUUUACAGGGCCAUUUGCCAAUGGAGAUGAGCAAGAUGGACAUGAUCCUAGCAUUGGAUCUCUCUUGUAAUAAUCUAUCAGGCAUGAUACCUCCACAGCUUGGAAGCUGCGUGGCAUUGGAAUACCUUAACUUAUCCAAAAACAGCUUUGGCGGCAAUCUUCCGAGCUCCAUAGGAGCUCUGCCUUACUUAAAAGUUCUCGACUUGUCAUCCAAUCAGCUCCUUGGCGCCAUGCCAGAUUCUCUGAAAGCUUCUUCCACUCUCCAAUUCCUCAACGUUUCUUUCAACAAUUUCUCUGGCAUUAUUCCCGGCAAGGGAAUCUUCACCUCCCUUACUGAAAGUUCCUUCUUUGGCAACCCGGGCCUCUGCGGCUACAAUCUUGCUGGAAUAACACACUGCAAAUUACAACAGAGAGAUCAUCGGCUUGGAAAGCUGAUUCGGAUAUUAGUAUCUGUUAUGGGGACUCUAAGUGUACUUGCGUCUUUGUUCUUUAUUGCAUGUCCAAUGAUGAUGAAGAGAUCAGGUAGGCCAAAGUGCCGGCUGCCCAGCUUUCGCCGGCCGGUGCUUGAGCACAUAGACAGCACAGAAGACUUCACUUUUACCCACUGCGACUACCCGCGUCUUUCCUACCAACAACUAGUAGAAGCCACCAACGGCUUCGCCGACACCAACCUCAUCGGCUCCGGCCGCUUCGGCCGCGUCUACAAAGGCAAUCUCCGCACCAGCACCAAAAUCGCCGUCAAGGUGCUCGACCAAAUGCCUGACUGCACCGCCACUCAACUCUCCGUCAGCUUCAAACGCGAAUGCGAGGUUCUAAAACGAACCAAACACCGCAAUCUCAUCCGAAUCGUCACCGCCUGCAGCCGACCCGACUUCAAAGCCCUCGUCCUUCCACUGAUGCCCAACGGAAGCCUCGAGCGCUGGCUCUAUCAUACAAAGCGAGCGGAGCUGAGCUUGGAGUUGGUGGUGAGAGUGCUGAGCGAUGUGGCCGAAGGGAUGGCUUAUUUGCACCAUUACUCGCCGGUCAGAGUGGUGCACUGUGAUCUGAAGCCGAGCAAUGUGUUGUUGGAUGGAGAUAUGACGGCUUUGGUGGCGGACUUUGGGAUCGCGAGGUUGGUUAAAGGGGGAGGAGAUGAUGGUGGCGCGAGUGGAGAUUUCGAUCAGAGCUUGGGCUGUUGCAUUUCGACCAGUGGGCUUCUGCAUGGAUCUGUUGGGUAUAUUGCGCCAGAAUAUGGAUUGGGAGGCCAUCCAUCCACACAAGGAGAUGUUUAUAGCUUCGGGGUCUUGCUCCUUGAAAUUAUCACCGGAAAACGACCAACUGAUAUAGUUUUUCACGAAGGUCUCACCCUCCAUGAAUGGGUCAAAAAUCACUACCAUAACAAUAUUGAUUCCAUAAUCCCGCAAGAACUAACCCUAAACUUACCCUCCGUAGCUCAGCACGAUCCCUUCUACUACAAGAAGCUAAAGAGAGAUUUGAUCUCCGAGCUCAUUGAGCUUGGGCUCGUGUGCACCCAGUACUCUCCCUCGAUGCGGCCGACCAUGAUCGAUGUUGCCCAUGAGAUGGCAAUUUUGAAGCAGGAUAUUUCAAGCCCCCCCCCUUCCCUAAUCAACCUGAGGUGUAAUAAAGAUGGAUUAUCUGAACAUAUACAUUUCUCACUAACACCCAUCAUGAACUAUGUUUAUCAAGAUAAACGAUGCAGAUCAAGCAAAAAAGUAUUAAGAGGCAAUGUUCGUGAUGUAGAUAGAAGAGAAAAGAAAACCCUAGUUGACACUAUCCUUCUACCAGAGAUUCAGGCGGUUGCUGAUUGGCCCAAGGCCGAGCUACGGUAUUUUGAGUUUCUGGCGAUCAGAUUUGUGAUUGUCUGUCAUCGACGACUAUUUGCAAGUAUAUUCUGCUUCUGGGAUGAUCAUGCCCAGCCACUGAGUAUGUGUGUAGACUUUGAGCGGCAGUCAGCUGUAUGCAAGUUCUCCAAGUGUGAAUUCUGGCGAAGAACAUUUCAUUUCUGGGGCCCCCAUUUAUGGCUGAGCGGAGCAGGCACUUUCUGUGAUCCCCAGAAGAUUCAGGCUGUUGCCCGAUUGGCCAAGGCCGACUACGGUUGUGGUACUGUGUUUCGGCGAUUGAGAGCAGGAGAUUUCCCCUCGAUCGAACGUCAAGCAUUCAGCGUACACUGUUCAGUCAGGAUUCAUGUAAGAUGUAGCAUGACAUGCAAGCUUUAUUUCGGCUUGCACUGGAAUGAAAAAGGAUGUGGCAGAGUUUGUGUCGAGAUGCGAGCUGUCAGUUGGUUGAGGCCGAGCAUCAGCGACCAGGGGACUGUGCAGUCGUUGCCUAUCCCUGAGUCGGAAGUGGGAGCGAGCGUAAACGAUGGGACGUUGCUGAUGGUUAUCCGUCGAAUCUAG